CGCAGCCUAUAAGCGCAACUUCAAUACGACCUUUGCAACCGCGCGCCAUUUGUUAUUUAUCAAUCAAACAAGUUGUUAACCGGGUAAUUCUGAUCUUAUUUUUUCCAUACAAAUUCAUUCUCUAUCAUGAAAAUCGAGGAAGUGAAAAGUACAGCGAAAACGCAAAGAAUCUCGGCUCAUACUCACAUCAAAGGUUUAGGCCUUGAUGAAAAAGGAUAUGCCAUCCCGUUUGCUGCCGGCCUCGUUGGUCAAGAACAAGCCAGAGAGGCUGCUGGCAUUGUUGUUGACAUGAUCAGGAGUAAGAAAAUGUCUGGCCGUGCAAUUCUCUUUGCUGGCCCACCUGGAACUGGAAAAACAGCUAUUGCAUUGGCCAUAGCGCAAGAGCUGGGUAAUAAAGUUCCGUUCUGUCCAAUGGUAGGAUCAGAAGUUUACAGUUCUGAAAUCAAAAAGACAGAAGUGCUAAUGGAAAACUUCAGAAGAGCUAUUGGAUUGAGAAUCAAAGAGACCAAAGAGGUGUACGAGGGUGAAGUUACAGAGUUAUCCCCGGUGGAAACUGAAAAUCCUAUGGGUGGUUAUGGCAAAACUGUCUCACAUGUUGUCAUUGGCUUGAAAACUGCAAAAGGAACAAAGCAGUUAAAAUUGGAUCCUUUGAUUUAUGAGUCUUUACAAAAGGAAAAGGUUGAAGUAGGAGAUGUAAUCUACAUUGAAGCCAACAGUGGAGCAGUUAAGAGGCAAGGAAGGAGUGACAAUUAUGCUACUGAAUUUGAUUUGGAAGCUGAGGAGUAUGUGCCACUACCAAAGGGCGAUGUACACAAAAAGAAAGAGGUGAUUCAAGAUGUUACUCUACAUGAUCUUGAUGUUGCCAAUGCGAAACCUCAAGGAGGACAAGACAUAAUGUCUAUGAUGGGGCAACUUAUGAAACCAAAGAAAACAGAAAUCACAGAUAAACUUAGAAAAGAAAUCAACAAAGUGGUGAACAAGUAUAUUGACCAAGGAAUAGCAGAGCUUGUGCCAGGCGUGUUGUUUAUCGAUGAGGUUCACAUGCUUGAUAUCGAAACUUUCACCUACCUCCAUCGUGCUCUUGAAACAGCUAUCGCUCCAAUUGUGAUUUUCGCAACGAAUCGUGGUCCAUGUGUCAUUCGUGGCACAGAUGAUAUUAUAUCUCCACACGGAUUGCCUCAUGAUCUUCUCGACCGAUUGCUCAUUAUUAAAACUUUGCCUUACGAAACGAACCAGAUCGAGCAGAUCGUCAAACUGAGAGCGGUCACUGAAGGUCUCCAACUCGAGGAGGAUGCACUAAAAGAACUGAGUGAAUUGGGAACAAAAACAACGCUCAGAUACGCUGUUCAGCUGUUAACUCCUGCAUCUUUAACUGCUAAGAUCAACGGUAGGGCAAGUAUCACGAAGGAGGACAUUGACGAGGUGAAAACAAUGUUUUUGGACGCCAAAUCCUCGGCAAAAAUUCUCACGGAGAAUAAGGAUAAAUUUAUGAAAUAGUAAUAAUUUAUCAUUUAGUCAUUUUACCACAUACGAAUAUUUCUUCUUUUUAAGUACUGUGACAUCUACUACUUUGAUUUCUUUUAUUUCACUAGAUUUAAGAUAACAUUUAAGAAAAAUAGACUAGAAAGAGAAUAUUUUUGAUGCACCAGUGUAAAUGUUUGUAAUAAAUGAUGAUUUCUCACGUA